CUCUACCCUCUCCUCCGCCAUACACCUUUGGAACCACACACGCAGUCAUGGCCUCCUUCAGAACAUCAGCGCCCUCAAUAUCCACAAUGUUCCGUUUCACAGCGCAGCCAGCGGCGAAUCGGCGAUGCGCAUAUUGCCUCAGGGCUCGACGAUGUCCAUUCUCCUCCUUCCAGUCUCGAGCAACAUCUUCGAAGCGCCCUUUGAUGACGGAAUCAGCACAUCGGCCGCAAACAUUAGGCACUGACAUGCCGCCACCAAAAAAUAGCGGGUCGCCAGAGACAAGUAUAUCUGGACAUUCACAACAAACAUGGCCGCCUACGGCACCCUGGCAGAGAACAGACAGUCCACCGAGCAUAGCACUGGGAGAAUUGGAGGCACAGAAGAGCAAAGCAACGGUGGGCACGACGCCGACAACGCCAUCUCAGACAGCUACGUCAGCAAGUACUGGUCUAGGGACAGUGGCGAAGCCUAAGAAGAGCAAGCUCAGACCCCGGAAGGCGCCGAUAAAGCUGUCUGCGAAAGCUGUAGAACAGUUGAAGGAAUUAUUCGAGCAGCCGGAGAGUAAGCUCAUACGAAUAGGAGUGAAGAAUAGAGGUUGCAGUGGACUGGCGUAUCAUCUGGAGUAUGUGGACAAGCCUGGCGCAUUCGACGAAACAGUAGAGCAAGAUGGCGUCAAAGUAUUGAUCGACAGCAAGGCAUUAUUCAGCAUCAUUGGAAGCGAGAUGGAUUGGUUAGAGGACAAGCUUAGUGCGAGGUUCAUCUUCAAGAAUCCCAAUAUCACUGAACAAUGUGGCUGUGGCGAAUCUUUCAGCGUAGGGUAGCCUCGACUUAAUUAUCGCAUUGAUGUAGCAUCUUCCGUUGCAGGAGGCCAUUCCGGAGCUUUUGGUGUAAACAUGUCUUUGGCAUAGCGUGGCAUGGCAAUAGGAGCAGUAGCAGCAUGGAAAACGACCACCUAGAACUUUCCCGGCUCAAAGUCCACCACUCUGACAUUCUGAAUCACAUCCUUCAGGCUCGCCACAAAUUCCAGAUGUGCGGGGUCCUUCUCCAGGUAGUAUUUGCGGUCCUCCUCGCUCUCAAACUGGCUGACGAAUCCAUGUGAGAAGCCGCCCUAAACCCGAAGGAGUUAGCUUGGGAUGCUUGGGACUGAUAGCGGGCGAGAGUACUACUUGUAGCCCCUCCGGACUUGUGUCUCGUCCUCCCGUGCUCGAAACGACAUAUUUCUGGUUGGUUUUUGGGUGCAAGCACUUUUCUUGCAAUGCUAGCAUUCGAGUGCAGACAUCUUCUACCUGAGCGUGAGUGGUCGUUGGCUUGAACUCGAACAAGACGAUAUGAACGAUAGGCAUUGUACAGAUCCGUCGUCUUAACGAGAUGAUGAGGGUGAAAGCUGAGAGGGUAU